UUGUCACGCAUAUAAAAGUAAAUGAUUUGUCCAAAUAUAAUUCUCCUCAAUGCAAGCUUCUCUCUCUUGGGGCAUUCCCAUGUAUACAAAUGGCAAACAAUCAUGGUGUGAAAAGGUUUAGGACAAUUUCAAAUGGCAUUCUAUUCCUGGUUUUGUGUUCUGAGCUUAACUGUUCUGUGGUCACUGGCAUCACCACUGUACCAUGUUCAAGGACAUGGUUGUGAUUUUUCUUUGGGAAAAUGGGUUAUUGAUGACUCCUAUUACCCUCUUUAUGAUGCUUCAAGGGAUUGUCCCUUCAUAGGGCAGGGAUUUGAUUGCCUAAAAAAUGGUAGACCUGAUCUGGAAUAUCUCAAGUAUAGAUGGAAGCCCUCAAGUUGUGAUCUUCCUAGGUUUAAUGGGGUGGAUUUCUUGGAGAGAUACAGAGGGAAGAAGAUAAUGUUUGUGGGAGACUCCAUAAGCAACAAUAUGUGGCAGUCACUUACUUGUUUGCUUCACAUUGCUGUCCCACAAUCAAACUAUGCCUUACAAACUCCAACAAAGCAGCUCUCUGUGUUCACAUUUCUGGAAUAUGAUGCUUCAAUAAUGUGGUUGAAAAAUGGGUUCCUAGUGGACGUGGUUCAUCACAAAGAAAAAGGCAGAAUUGUGAAACUGGACUCCAUUAAAUCUGCAAAUAAGUGGAAUGGAGUAGAUGUGUUGAUUUUCAAUACCUAUCAUUGGUGGACCCACUCACAAGAUUCUGAAUCAUUGGUUCAAUUUCAAGUAGGCAAUGAGAUAAUAAAAGACAUGGAUCCCAUGGAAGCCUUCAAGAUUGGGUUAACAACUUGGUCUAAAUGGGUUGAUGCUAACAUUGAUCCCUCAAAGACUACAGUUUUGUUCCAAGGAAUUGCUGCAUCCCAUUAUGAGGAAAAAGGGUGUCUCAAUCAAACUCACCCAUAUCAAGGACCACAGCCACCUUAUCCUGGUGUAGAAAUUGUGCAGAAAGUUUUGAGUAGUAUGUCAUGUCCUGUAUAUUUGCUUGACAUUACUUUGAUGACACAAAUGAGGAUAGAUGGACACCCUUCUAUUUUCACAGGCAAAGGCCCUUCUUAUGAGGACUGCAGUCACUGGUGUCUAGCUGGUGCUCCUGAUACUUGGAAUGAAAUCCUUUCUGCUGCUUUGCUUGGACUUUAAUAUUUUCAUCAUUUUUGUUCUCUACGUUAUAUUUUCUUAGCAAAUAGGACUCAAGAAUUUAGAACUCUCUCAUUUCUUUCUUUAUAUUAGAAUGAGAAAGCGUUUAAGAUACUA